GAAGUCGUGUCUGUCAGCUGACAAGCAUGCCGCUGUUAAAGGGUUGUUGCUGAAUGAAUUCCGUGUUUAAAGUCGCAGCAGAAAUGAUGAUGAGAUCCAGUUCAUCUGCUGCCCACGCGUGUAAAGAGCUACCGAGCAAAGUCCUGCGUUUACUGACGCCGGCUCCUCAUCCGGGAGGACACGCAGAUGGAGCUGAGAUCCUUCGGUGCACGGUGAAGGCUCUGAAGGAGGGUCAUGUGGUGGCUGUGCCCACAGACACCAUCUAUGGUCUGGCCUGUCUGGCCCAAAACUCUGGAGCCGUGAAAAGAAUCUACGGCAUCAAAGGACGCAAUGGACACAAACCUCUGGCCAUCUGUGUCGGAGAAAUCCACGAUAUCUACAAAUACUGUAAAGUGAAAGUGAAGGAGGAGCUGUUGGGUGACCUGCUGCCUGGUCCCGUCACGCUGGUGUUUGAAAGGUCUGAAGUCCUGAACACGGAUCUCAACCCCUUCACCUCGCUUGUCGGCGUACGUAUCCCAGACCACGCUUUCAUACGACGCCUCUGCCAGAUGUGUGGGGAACCGCUGGCUCUCACCAGCGCCAACAUCAGCUCACACACCAGCACAGUGGACGUCCAUGAGUUUCAGGAGCUUUGGCCCAAACUGGCAGUGGUGGUGGAUGGAGGGCCAAUAGGAGACCAGAACCGCCUCGGGUCCACAGUGGUCGACUUGUCGGUGCUCGGCAAAUAUCGCAUCAUCAGACCUGGCUGCGCUCAGUCCUCCACGGUCGAUGUGCUGGAGCGUAAAUACGGGCUGUCAGAGGACUCUGAAAAUGACCUUUGAACUUUUCGACACUCCACGACGCACAAUGAACUUUGACCUCAGAGAUGAAACGGUUGUCAUUGUCACAUGGAGGAAUUAUUUUUCCCUGGAAAAGACAAAAAACAAACAAACUUGAAUCUCUUGUGGCUGCUUUAAAAUCUGGGACGACUUCUUCUUUCGGACGAGCGUUUUUUCUGCCUCACCAUGUGUCGACUGCAAAUCAUUUAUUUUGAAAACCGCAGAAAGGUCAAUUUAAGUAUGGGAUUGUCUUAAUGUAAAUGUAAAGCUUUUAUCUUUUUAUACUGUCAAAGCAACAUGCUGAGAAAAUGAUGGUGUGACGUGAUAUUUUUCUUAUAUUCAGAUACUGUAUAUGGGUCGAGUGUGUCAACUGAACGAGUCUUUGGAAUAAAAUUAAGGGAUUAAGACGAUGAGAAAUGCACCGACAUCAAAUGUUAACUCGUGUAAGAAUCUCCAGUCUUUAGUUUGUCAGUUUCGUAAGUUAUUUCCAGAUAUAAUUAUGGGUAAAGUUCAGAGAAAUAGGUUCUUACAUUUGAUGGCGGAUUAUUUGGAUGAGACAAGGGGGUGGAGCCUCGCUUGAACACAUUCACUGUAUUCUUACAUGAGCUCAUUCUGACUUUUUUUUUUUAUAUAAGUUUGACUCAGGACCUGAAGGGAGAAAAUGCGUAGAAUCUCCAGAGAUCAGUGGAUAUUUGAAGUGAGCAGUUUGCGGCUGUAACACUGCAUUCGUGUUGGAUUUAACAUGGGCCAAGUCUGUGUAUGUACCUUUUUAAAUUCUGUUUGUAUCACCACAAUAAAUCCUUUUUUCUUCCAACGGUA